AUGGUUCGAAUACACAAGCAGGCGAGAGAAGUGGACGAAGACCAUUUGAAAAAUCUUAAGAACGAGACGGAACUGUUAUACGGAAAAAUGGAAGGAAAGUUGAAGAUGAUUUUCAUGAUAGAGAAAUACCCUGAAAUGUAUAACUUCAUUCGGCCGCCAUCCAAAGAGUACGAGCCCCCUGUGCCCGAAUACGGACGACUGCAGUGUGUCAUGGAGGACUUUCUUGGCCGUGUAAAGUAUAACCAGUGGUACUCGCUGUACGUCCUCACCGAGUCCGUUUCAUGCAUACAUUUGGUUGUUGAAGAGUGUCUUAAGGUGGAAUCAAUGUUGUUCUUUACGACGAACUACGGCAGGAAUGUGGGGCUCCCUGAAUUUGAUGCGGCUCAACAGCAUUGCACACAAAUGUAUGCCCUACGCUAUUGUAUAGAACAGUCGAUGUCAAUGUUCGUGAACCUUUGCGAGACGCCGUGUCUCUGCACAUACUGGUGCGAGGAUGACUACGAGUGGGACUCGGAGGAUCUCAUCAACUCGCCCUUUCGCUGUCUUCUGGAACUGAAUGUGGUGGAAUACAGAGAAAGACUUUUGAAGGCAUACAGGAAGGCGAUUAUACCACUAAAGGCAUACAUGCGCCAAUACGAAGGCUACCGAGAUAUUUUCAUGUUGAGCAUCGAGGAGUAUGUCGAGUAA